AAAUCAUCGCCAGCCCCGUCCUUGGCCCCCCCAUAAGCACUAAUGGAUUCAUCAAAAGCUCCCGUCAAGCUCGCUACCGUCACCAAGGUCCUUGGACGCACUGGCUCCCGUGGUGGUGUCACGCAGGUCCGUGUGGAGUUCAUGGAUGACCCCACCCGUACCAUCAUCCGCAACGUGAAGGGACCCGUUCGGGAGAAGGACAUCCUGGCUCUCCUGGAGAGUGAGCGUGAGGCUCGCCGCCUCCGGUAGAUUGCUAUCAUAUGGUUUAUUCUUGUUGCAUUCCUCUUCCCUCGCACCCACGACGCAUCUGUUUGAUCAUGCCAAUGUUAUCAUGUGCAUGAGCCUCAUGCCGGACUCAUAUUGAUCACUUGCGCGCUACCUUCCGCUUCCAUUCUAUCUGGAUCGGUGCGCCUCGCGUGUGUCUCAGUCGCCAGAAGGCCUUCCACAGUUUCCACAACGCUGCUUGAGCGCGGGCGCUCGACGGCCACCAGGGUGGCUUCGCACCAGUCUCUCCACCCUAGACUCGUCUUCCAAUUCCAAUCGUCUCAACCCAGCGCUCAUAUAAAGCCUACAUCCGUGCACUGUAGAUCCCAAA